UCAACUCAGCACCACUCUACCAUCUGAACUUCUGACCGCGGUCAGAAAUAUCUUAGAUCUAUAUAUCGGACCAUCGUACAGUUUAUGCUACCAUCCCAACUCAGCACCAUCUCAACCCAGCACCAUCUCAACCCAGCACCAUCCCAACCCAGCACCAUCCCAACCCAGCACCAUCUCAACCCAGCACCAUCCCAUCCUCACGCAAACAAUCCUCAACCUCUGGGUAUUUAAGCAGCCGCCCCCCCCCCUGACAAACCUUCUUCUGUAUUUUCCCCGACCUAUCUUGCCUCUU